AUGUCUCGAGACCAACAACCCAGCCCUCAACAAGCCACCUCGAAAAGGGAAUCCGUCGUAACUGGCGACGAUUCUCUAGAAGCCGGACCAAACGACUGGUCCGACAUCAAAGACCCGAACGAAAGACGCAAGAUACAAAACAAACUCGCCCAAAGAAGAUUUCGCGACAAAGUAAAAGAGCAGAAAGAGGAGACGGAGCGAGACGAUGAGAAUCAGCGACAAGCUGGAAGCGCAUACGCAUCGCCUGAACCAGAGAAGAUGGAUGCAAGACAGGUGCUCUCGGGUCUGCCGUGGGGUGGCAUCUCUAUGAGACAUAUUGUUGAGACGGGGAAGAGUAAAUAA